AUGUGCUGCAACUAUGGAGUGAUAUCUAGAAGCGACCUUCGCUUCUCUCUUCUCCCACCACCCACCGCCACCCUUAUCUCCUGCCACCCCCACCCUUUUCCCCGUCUCGCCUACAGAACCCACCGACCACUUUACCGGAUCUUCCUUCAUACCCGAUCCGUUUCCUUCACCACCAAGGCCACAAUCAACGAUGCCUCGGUCACAUCACCACCGCCACCACUUUCUGAAUUCAUGAGCUUUUAUGAUCUUCUGGGGAUUCCAGAGACUGGGACUCUUUUGGAGAUCAAGCAGGCGUAUAAGCAGUUGGCCCGGAAGUACCACCCGGAUGUCUCCCCUCCGGAUCGGGUUGACGAAUACACCCGCAGGUUCAUCCGGGUGCAGGAGGCUUAUGAGACUCUGUCUGAUCCGAAUCGGAGGGCUUCGUAUGAUAGAGACAUGGCCAAGGGGCUUCACUUAGCGUUCUCAGCGCGAAGGCGGUUUCAAAAUCAUGAGAUGGAAGAGAAAAGCGAAUGGAAGAUCAGAUGGCAGUCUCAACUCUCAGAACUCAAGAGAAGAAGCAUGAAGGAAGACACAGGCGAAAAUAUGUCCUGGGCAGCACGAAUGCGCAGGCAAAGGAAUGAAUCAUCAACUUAA